AGUAGGGGACAGAGCAGGGUGUAGUGGAAUGACCAGGGAAAUGGUGAAGUUUGAUAGUUUUAUCCAGGAUGCUGGGCUGGUAGAUUUACCCUUGGUGGGCAGAAAGUACACUUGACACAGUGCUAAUGGACAACAUAGAAGCAGGAUAGAUAAGUUCUUACUUUCAAACGAAUGGUUGAAGAGUUGGAGCGAUUUAAAACAAUGGGGUUUGGGAAGAUCAGUAUCUGACCAUUGCCCAUUGUUACUAAAGAAUGAAAAGGUUGAUUGGGGGCCAAAACCUUUUAAAUUCUUUGAUGCUUGGCUAGAAUAUCCUGAUUGCAAACAGUUGAUAAGUCAGGUGUGGAACUCAGAUGUAGUGAGUGGAUGGAGGGGAUUUAGACUCAAAGAAAAGAUGAAAAAAACCAAAAAAGCUCUGAAGGAAUGGAGUGCAAAUCACAUGGCGGAUAUGGACAGAAGAAUAAGUGAAGCUGAAAAGAACAUAGCAGAACUGGAUAGGAAAGAAGAAAACAGUCAACUCACAGCAGGGGACAUUGAACUAAGGAGAAGUAGCUUCCUUGCCCUAUGGAAGAAUAUGAGAAUCAAAGAGAGCAUGUUGCAACAGAAAUCAAGAAAGAUGUGGCUGAAAGAAGGAGACGCAAACACAAAAUUUUUCCACAGAAGUGUGAAGGGCAGAUGGAGAAGAAACGAAAUUAAUAGCAUCCAAAGCAAUGGGGAGCAAUAUAGAGGUGUGGCAGAAAUCAGAGAGGGUGUGUUAAGACAACUAGCUGAUAAGGAUAAUGAUCUCCUUAUGGCAAAAUUCACUGAAGAAGAUAUUCAAAAUGCAGUAUGGGAUUGUGACUCGACAAAGUCUCCGAGCCCGGAUGGGUUCAACUUCAGGUUCAUAAAGACUAUGUGGGAGGAAAUAAAGCAGGAUGUCAUAGGAUUCGUGCAGGAAUUUCAUGAGCAUGGCAAAUUAGUGAGAGGCUCAAACUCCUCCUUCAUUACUCUAAUCCCAAAGGUCAAAAACCCCCAAAGAAUCGAGGAGUACAGACCAAUAUCACUCAUCGGAGCAAUUUAUAAGAUUCUUGCAAAGCUGUUAGCAAAUCGCCUCAGGAAAGUACUUGACAAGAUCAUAGGGGAGCAGCAGAUGGUGUUCAUAGAAGGCAGACAGCUGAUGGAUGGAGUGGUGAUUGCAAACGAGGUAAUAGACGAAGCGAAAACGAGGAGAAUAAAGAGCUUUUUAUUCAAAGUCGACUUUGAAAAAGCUUAUGACAAGGUAAGCUGGGAGUUUGUUGAUUAUAUGCUAAUGAGGACAGGAUUCACAAUUAAGUGGAGAAAGUGGAUAAGGGAAUGCUUGCAAUCGAGUAUGAUCUCGAUCCUUGUGAAUGGAAGCCCCACAAAGCAAUUCUCGGUCAACAAAGGAAUAAGACAAGGAGACCCACUUUCACCUUUUCUAUUCUUACUAGUGGCAGAAGGUUUGAAUGGGCUAAUGCAAUCUGUAGUGGAGAAAAACUUGUUCAAAGGGGUGAGGAUCGGUAACGGGAACAUAGCAGUAUCUCAUCUCCAGUUUGCUGAUGAUACAUUAUUCUUCGGGGAGGCUUCGGAAGAAAACAUACAAGUAGUCAAAUGCAUUUUGAGGACUUUCGAACUUGCUUCGGGGUUGAAAAUCAACUUUGGAAAAAGUCAGAUAAUGGAGAUCGGAACCGAGGAGGGCUGGAAGGAGAGAAUGGCUUGUAGACUGUGCUGCAAAGAAGGAGAUCUACCUUUCAAGUAUCUGGGAAUACCAGUCGGAGGGAAUCACAGAAAGUUAGCAUUGUGGAAGCCACUGUUGGAGUCUUUUAAGAAGAAAUUAGCUAGCUGGAAAGGCCAAAACUUAUCCCUAGGAGGUCGGAUCACGCUCUUAAACUCUGUUUUGUCCAGUUUACCUGUGUAUCUGAUGUCGGCCUACAAAAUCCCCAAAGGUACUCUCUAUUCCUUAGAUAAAAUACGUAGGAAUUUUUUAUGGGGAGGGUUGGGGGAGGAGAAAAAAAUUAAAUGGGUUAGCUGGGAGAGGGUGUGUAGGAAGAAGGAGUGUGGGGGCCUGGGAGUGAAGGACCUAAGAAAGUUUAAUCUGGCGUUGAUGGGAAAAUGGUGGGGACGGCUAGCGAAAGGGGAAGAGGGUCUUUGGGGGAAAGUUAUAAGGGGAAAAUAUGGAGAUAACGGGGGUCAGUGGAUGGACUGGGUAAGAGAUGGAAGAAGAGUAGGAUCACUUUGGUGGAGAGACCUACAAAGUCUCAAUGUGGGGGAGGACGGGAAUGAGGGAUGGUUGACGGAGGGAUUUAGAAUGAAGAUAGGUGAAGGGAAAGGAGUGAGUUUUUGGUGGGAUGAAUGGUGUGGUGAGAACUGCCUAGCGAACAUAUAUCCUAGAUUGUAUGUCUUGUCAACAGGGAAGGAAAAAGAUUGCCAGCAAAUGGGAGAGGAUCACAACGACACAUGGAAGUGGAACAUGACAUGGAGAAGGGCCCUGUUUCAGUGGGAGGAGGAGGAUGAAAAGAAACUGCAGAAGACAAUUGAAAAAGUCAAAAUCUUCCCAGGUUGUGCAGACAGAUGGGAGUGGAUCCACAACGCAGAUGGACAAUACUCAACGACAACAGCUUAUGCAGUGCUAGCAAAACAAAGGAAGGAAGUUGAUGAGGAGAAAAUAUUCAAGAGAGUAUGGAAUCCAACCAUCCCAACAAAAGUAGCUGCAUUCAACUGGAGGGUAUUAAUUGACAGAAUCCCAACUAAGAUUAAUUUGUUUAAAUGGGGAAUCAUAAAAGAAUUGGAAGAAAGGAAAUGCGCUUUGUGUAUGGAAGAGGAGGAAGAUUCAAGCCAUUUGUUCUUGAACUGCAGUGUAGCUAAGUGGCUGUGGAAAGCUUGUACAAAGUGGUGGGGAGUCACAAUAGUCUUACAAAAAGAUUGCUGGCCAACAUUUCAACACUUGGGUGCACGGACAAAAAAGCUAUACAAAAACGAAGGCUGGGACUGUAUAUGGAAUGCAAUGUUAUGGACUGUGUGGAUGGCGUGCAACAAAAAGAUUUUCGACAAUGCAGAGGUAAACUUGAUUUAGCUUUUUGAACUUAUUCAAUUAAGGUCUUUUGCUUGGAUCAAAGCUAGGAAACCCAAGUGUUACUUCAAUCUAUCAGACUGGUUAAUUAACCCUACUUCUUGCCUUGAUAGAGCAUAGUAGGAUAUGUCCGAAAGAGGGUAGUAACACUGAAGGGAUUGUAAAUUGUUCAUGGAAAUGGGUUCAAGUACCCCUUGUACUCAAGUUAACAAUAUAAAUUCUUUGGCUGUUC